GUCUUUCGCGGAAAUGGCCGAGUAGUUACGAUUAGUUUGGCGAAUGACGGAGAAACGCCAUUGAUUAAUCGAAUACGUUGUACUGCGUAUAUGGAAUUUUAAAGAAACGACUGAACGUAGCUGGGUUUGCACAAACCAAAAGGUACCCCUUGGUGACCUCAGUUAACCAAUCGUUGACCAGAAUCGGCCCUGUGACACUGCCAGUAUAAACAACUGGGGAAAAUGCAUCCAGACAAGAGAGCUAAUGGAAAACUGCUAAUAUUGAAGUAAAAUGGCAGUGUAACCUUUAUAAAAUGUGAUGAAUAAGAGUACUAUGACGAUCUCUGAAUGCGGACUAUAGACAUACCACAAAGUGGGGGAAUGGGAGACCCAAAAGGAAGUCCAGAUUCUGGAAUCAGUUCAUUGAUUGAGGUUAGCCCAUGUGAAUCAGUGCAGAGGGCGUACAUAUUUCUGAGAGACCAUCUUCAUGAAGAAGAACAGCUGAUUGGUUACCUGUGCAUUGUUUGUGGAAGACAGCAGCUCACUGAUGAUGAGAGAGUAGAAAUGAGAGAGGGUGGAGGUUGUUCCAACAAGGAGAAGCUGUUGAAGCAACUGAUCCACAAAGGAAAUGAGCCAUGCAAGGAGUUCCUGGAAAAACUAAAAGCAUGCGAUUGCUUUUAUACCAGGUUCUGCCAGACUGUGGAGAGUCGGAGCAUAAUUGAAGAGUAUCAACCAGAAGUCGAUUUAACAGCAGAAAAAUUGGAGUAUCAUGAAGAUAUUAUUAUCGAAGAAAUGGAGUCAAGUCGAGUUUCUAAUAUACUGCUUAGUCUCUGUAUUCUGAGUGUUGCUGAUCAUGAUGAAAUUGAAAAAGAAACUACGAGGAAACUGAAAGCAAAGAAACUGAUUGAGAAAAUUAGAUCACAGCAAGAUAAAAUACGAGCUUUCUACCAUACAUUAGAAGUCACCCAUUGUGACAAAGCUCUCCAGUACAUCAAAGACAAUGUAUGCAGACAUCUUGUUAGUGCACCAAGUGAGUCCAUUCGUUGUGUAAGGUUCAACUACAGAAACCUUUUGUUCGAAUUUGAAAAAGUUGAAAGAAGAAAAAUUGCAUUUUACUCUGAGAAAAUGCAAAACUUCAGGCAGCAUUUCAACGAAUUGCCAAAGGAGAAUCAUUUCGUCAAAACAGGUCUUCGAAAAGAGAAACUUGGCUGUGAUUCUCUUCUUCGAUUUCUUGAAUGGAUUCACAAUGGUUUUCUGUAUCAGAUGGCACAAAGAUUGCAAAAUAGAAAACAGGAAGGAAGAGAAAGACUAGAGCAAUCCAUCUCCUUUGAAAGGAUUAGAAAUCUGAAGGAUUUUCUAUUGGAAGAAUUAGAACCAAUGCCUGUAUCCAAUGUUCUCUUGGAAGAGGAGGCAUUUUCCGUAGAUGACCAUGAUGCUGUGGAAGCUGUAGAAGGCAUGGGGAAAAGACGACGUCAAUCUGAGAUUAUUUAUAACAGACUCUUAGCUGAUGGUUCUGAAAGGACACUGGAAAGUUUCUUGUUUGCAUUGAAGGAAAGGAAAUUGAAACAUAUUCUAGACAAUUUUGAUGAUUUUAGAAGCGGGCAGAUGUCCAAUACAGAACCCAGAAACCAAAAUGAUGACCCCCCAGACCUGCAGAUUGUACCAGUUGGAGGAAUGCAGAUUCCUGAAGACCUUGAAUCAAGACCAGAUUUGGAUAUGAUGGUAUCAAUUCCAUUCACGGGAGAUGAAAGAGCCUUACAGCAGGUUGUAGACCAAAUAGAAAAUGACCAUGACCUAAGGGUACUGGUGGCUGAAUUGUCUCAUUUGGAAAUUAGGAAAGUUCAAAAAGGAUCUGUUGUUCUUCAUUUGAUUCCUUUGACUGAUGAUGCCUGUGUCCAGUUUUUGGAUGAGAAAGGAAAAUGUCUGAAGCAAAUGGUAGAAAGGCUGCUGAUAGCUGGAGGAAUCAAAGAGGAAAUGAUUAAAGGAAACAUCUCAGUGACUGUCUUUGUAAAUGAAAAGGAAAAUGAAGCUGUCAAGGAUAAGCAAAGUAUUGGAAAAAUGAAAGUAAGAGAGAACUGGAACCUUCUUGAAGAAGAGCUGGAACCCUCUAGCAUGGUUCAUAGGUUAAAAGUCAAAGGAAUUUUAAAGGAAGAUGAGGAGAAAAAUGUAUUGAAACAAACAACAAGGAGGGGAAAAGUAAACAUCCUACUGAAGACAUUGAUGAAUAAUGAAAGAGAAGAUGCCAUUGAUAAGUUUAUUGAAGCUUUGAAGGGAUUAGGAAAGAGUGAAAUUGCAUCACAAAUUCAACCAAAACCAGACAUGCAUGAAGAAGCAGAGAAAGUUCGUAGAGGACUAUUAUGCAAAUUUCAAGAAGUAAUUGAUGAAAUAGAAUCAUCCAUCAUGGAAGACACGUUAAAGCGCUGUGACAUUGACCCAGGGAAAGAACUUAGUUCUGGGUUAGGAAAAAGUCGCAAGGAAAGGGCUUACAAUUUCCUGAUCUCCGUGAUGUUGAAUGAUGUUUAUAUUCUAGCGCUGAAAGAUGUUUUAGAAUACAGAGGUCUUCAUGAAUUAGUUGAUUUGCAAGAAGAGACAGAACUUUCUUCAGGGACAAAGCGUAAGCAUCCUGAGAAUAUUAAAGUAGAAAAUGGAAGUACUCUCUUCGAAUGCCAGUACAAAAUAGUGAAGAAAGAGGAAAAAUGUUAUUCAGAUGUAAUACGUAAAAGGUCACCAGCUCACAAGGAAAUGAUGCGAGACACUCCAGAAACACCUGUUAAGAAACCUGACCUAAAGCCAUUAUAUACAAGAAAGAAGAAGGAUCUGCAACCCAAAAGAACCAGCGUACACAGUGGUCAUGUGACAGGAAAGACAUAUGGACGUCCAUGUUUAGAAAAAACUGAAGAUGAUGAAUGGUCAAUUGUGGUAGCUUUGGAUUUUGGAACGACAUAUUCAGGUUUUGCAUUUUGGAGGAAAGAAAAUCCAUCAGAGAUCAUGCCGAGAAAGUGGAAAACCAAUGCAACAGAAGUGUUAGAAUCAUUGAAAACCCCAACAUCAUUGCUUUUGAACAAGAGUAAUGAACUUAUAGAGUUUGGUUUUGAAGCUGAAAGGGUUUUCAAAGAACUAGUAGAGGACGAAUUUGACAGCGAUUAUAGAUUUUUCAGCAAAUUCAAAAUGAAGCUUCACCACAAAAAAUCACUUGAUGCAGCAUUGGAAAUACGGGAUCACUUGGGACAUCCCAUGAAGGCCAUAGACUUGUUUUCCAUUGCUAUUGGAUUCCUGAAAGAGGAAUGUACCGACCUUCUUACAAAGAAAAACAUGAUGGUUGCUGAUGAUGAAAUACAGUGGAUUUUGACAGUACCAGCAAUAUGGGAUGAGUUUGCAAAACAAUUUAUGAGAAAAGCUGCUGAAACAGCAGGCGUUCCAUCUCAUCAACUUAAAUUGGCCCUUGAGCCAGAAGUUGCUGCAAUAUACGUCAUCAAGGAAUCCAAAACAGUUCUCGGGAAAAAGUCCCUCUCUACUUACGAACCUGGUACUCAAGUUAUGUUGGCUGAUCUAGGAGGUGGAACAGCCGAUUUCACAGUUUUGGAAUUGACUGGAGACAGAAAGAUGAAGCAGUUGUACAGAGCUUUUGGAGGGGAAUGGGGAGGAAAUAUGAUCAAUCAAAAAGUCUGGGAGGUGUUGGUAAAUAUAUUUGGACGGGAUGUCAUUGAAGCAUUCAAAAACCAGACUGCAGAUUCUAUGGAAAUGGAGUACAACAUAGAGAUCAAGAAGAGAGUCUGCACACCUGAAAGCCAACUCCAGCUGCCAAUAUUCCCAUCCCUAACUAAUCUCUGUCAGAGUCUGAAGAAAAAGACUUACAAAGAGUUGGUAAAGGACUCUCGGUAUGCCGAUAUUGUUAAAGUCCGCACAGGAAAAUUGGUUUUUACACCAGAAAUGGUUGAACAGAUUUUUGAAAUGGCUCUUACAAACUUAUUUGUUAAGGUGGAUAAAGUUUUGAAGAAUCCAAACACAACUGAGGUCAAGGACAUUAUUCUAGUUGGUGGGUUUGCACAAUCGGAGGUCAUUGUGAAGCAAUUCAAGAGGAGGUUCAGCAAAUACCAAAUUAUCAUUCCCACUGAUCCAGAACUGGCAGUCAUGAAAGGUGCGGUAAUGUUUGGGCAGGACAUUAAUAUUAUUACAUCCAGAAUAAGUCCACACACGUACGGUUUUGAUGUAAUGCACUAUUUCCAAGAUGGAAGUGAUCCUCAAAAUAAACGGAAGAAGAUCGACGGUACUCCGUACUGUUAUGAUAUCUUUGAGAAGAUGGUUGCCAUUGGUGAAUCUGUGGAUGUUGGAAAAACGGUUGAAAAAGAAGUUUUUGCAUCAGCAUCUGAUAUGACGAAAAUGUCGUUGAAGUUUUAUCAGUCAGACAUCGAAAAUCCACAGUUUGUCACUGAUCCUGGCUGUGAGUGUAUCGGUGAAUUGUUGGUGGACAUGCCAGAUAAAACAGGCGGCACUGAACGCUCAGUGAUGGUGUCGAUCAAAUUCGGUGAAACUGAAAUUAUGGUUUGUGGUGUUGACAGAACAACGGGGAAGAGACAGGAGACCAAGCUCGAUUUAUUGGGAAAGAACUGCUGAAAGUGUAAAUCAUUACAAAGCAGCAUGAAAUUGAACAAAGCAAAUCAGUGUAGAUUGCGAAAAAAAAGAAAUGUUAAUGCUGUAUACGAGAAUAAUUUUGACCAUUUAUUUUUGCCCCUAUCCUUAUUUAUAUUUAGCUGAAUGUACCUGUACUUAUUACUCUUAAAGUAAUUCCAUCCUCGUGACAUCAUAAUAUUUGGCAAAAUCAAUGAUUUAUUUAGAUUUAUGCAUGGUAGGAACAUGAAUUUUAUUGGAAUCUUUUCUGAUCGUUGUUGUAAAUAAUCUUAUUAAACACAAUGUAUUUCAAAAUAUGAAUAAUCGAUGAUAUGUUUCAAAAUAUUGAAUCCAAGGGCAAAUACUCUGUUUUUAUUGAUUUCUUUAUCAAGUCCAUUAUGCAAUAGAUUUCUUUUCUUUUUCACAGACAUUUUGUAUAUUUUUGUAAAGAAACAAUUUCAUGAAAUUGUUAUGAAUACUAUUUUAUUGUUUUAGUCAGUUUUUGUGAAAUUUUGAUAAUGCUGUUUAAGUUGCAAUUUUCCAACGUUGUUGUAUGAUUCUAUUGAUGUAUGUCUCGCAUCUUUAAAGGUGUGAUGAUUGUAUAUUUUAUUUGAUAAUUUAUUAGUUUUAAGGAGAGAAAUUUGAUAUGGAUGAAAAUAUAUACAACGAUAUUUUGAAAUUGAAAACUUUCAAUUUACUGUUUUACUCAGUCAAAAAAUAGUUUUAGUUGAAAGCAAUCUGAGAAAAAUUUAAAAACCCUGCUGGACUCGAACACGCGAUCUACAGUUCAGCAGUCGACGUGCUAACCUACUGAGCUACUCGGCCAAGUGAGAAUUUUUUUAAUGAAUAGACAAAUAUUGCUGAUAUUCAUAUUUUCAUCCAUGUUUUAAAAGGAAGUCAGCCAUUAUGACGAUGUAGAGUACCUCCUUAACUAUAUAAAAUGGAAAUAGAUAUUCUUUCUAUACUUUUAUCAGAUAAUGUGAGUAUGGAGUUACAUUAAGUAGCUUUGGGCUAAUGAAACCAUUUUUCAGUUCAUUUGGCAUAAAUAAUGAUGUGGCGAAGAUUUCCCAAUAGACAAUUUGAAGUUUUUUCAUGAAUUUAAAUUAUGAAUAGUAAUCCCAAUAAUUGAAGAUCAAGAGAAUAUUUCUUUGUCAAGUAAUCUCUCAGUUCAAACACAUGUAUGUAUAUAUGCUUGUAUAUUAAUCAUUUGAUAGAAAUGCUUCAAUAACAAACUUUUAUUUCUGACUGUGGUGCGAUCUAAUCGUGUGUACCUAAUUCAACAUGUACAGUCUACUCCACUUAUAUUGAAGUCAUUUAUAUUGAUUAUCUGGUAUAUUGAAGUAAAAAUAAAUCCUCAAUAACAUUAUUUAUAUUGGUAAUAUUGAACUUCGGGUAUAAUUAGCAAUUCAGGUUGGUCCCCAGAAUUUCAAUAUAUCCAUAGUAGACUGCAUAUGGAAAAGUUUCUUGUUAUUAUGCCCCCCUUUAAAAAGGAGGGGGUGUGUUGAUUUACACCUGUCCGUUGGUCUGUAGACCAAGUCUUGUCUGCUUAAUGUCAUAAGAACCGUUUGCUUGACAUCUUACCGAGUAAAUGACCCCUAUUGAUUUUGCGUUCAAGGGUCAAUCCACUCUGGACAUGUCCGCUCAAUAUCUUGAGAACCCUUUCCUUGACGGACAUCAAACUUCUGGAUAUCGUAAGGAGUAGAUGAACAUAUUUAUUUUGGGUUCACAUGGUCAAGGGUCAAAAUGGACAUAGUAAUAUAUUGUUUCCUCUAUUAUUUUAAGAAUCAUUUGACACCAAACUUGGUACACUGGUACAUCCUAAGGAGUAGAUGACCCCUAUUGAUUUUGAGGUCACAUGGUCAAUCUACCCAUGCAUAGGGAGAUAUUGUCCACUCAAUUGUUCUGGUACUACUAUCAAUUAAAUAAUACAACAUAGUUAUAACCGUUUUCAGUUUUGCACCGGGGGGGGGGGGGGGGGUACUUGUUUCUGAGACUUUCUUGUUUUCAAUUUUAUGUGUCAUGAGCUACAUGUAGAAAACAUAAUACAAUGCAAUUUGUUGCAUUGUUUUAUAUCCUUCAUUAUUUUUAUGUCGCAUCUUGAUGAUACGGCAAAUAUUUAUUUUGUUGAAUUUUGCGAGCAAUUCUUACAAGCUAUGAUGUUUUGUGAAUUUCAAUUUUGUUAGGUCUCCCGAGUGGUUAUUUUGAUAGCUUUAAUCAAAGAAUAUUUGGCAAAUUUUAACAGCAGCUAUGAUGCCUUUUGUCACAUUUCAAAGCAAUGCCAUGCUGACGUGAAUUGGUGAUAAAGUAUAUACAGUGUAGUUUAAUCGUAUUUAUCAAUUAUAAAAACAAAUGACAAAACUGCAUCAUUAAACCAAGGUAAACAGUGGCACUCUUGAUUACGGAUUUCAGUUCAUCUUCUAUAUUGUACAUAGUUCUACCAUUACUCCUACAAUGCAUUGUUUUGCCAUCUGUUGAUAUCAUAAGAGUUUGUAAUCAUGAAAUUGUUUAUGUAAUCCAAACAAGUUAUUGCAUAUAUUUUAUACUGUAUGAAGUGUAAUUUUGGCAAGUUUAGCAUUUGGCAGUGUAGUACCCAUGAAGUGUGAAUAUAACUUAUUGUACACUGAUUUGAAUUUACAUUUUGUAAAACGUACUACAUCAAGUACUGUACAGUAUGUGUACCGAAACUAAUAAGGUCCUUUUUGCUCUUCAGCAGUGUUUUAAGUUAAUUUCAUGUUGGUGUAUUUUCAUUCCAUAUUUUUUACAAAGCAUCCCCAGAGACCCACAUGUUUCAGUAAGGACACACAAUAGGGGAGGGGUGUUACAGUAUCCCUAGAGACCUACAUAGGGGAGGGGUGUUACAGUAUCCCUAGAGACCCACAUAGGGGGGAGGGGUGUUACAGUAUCCCUAGAGACUCACAUAGGGGGGUGUUAAAGUAUCCCUAGAGACCCACAUAGGGGGGAGGGGUGUUACAGUAUCCCUAGAGACUCACAUAGGGGGUGUGUUAAAGUAUCCCUAGAGACCCACAUAGGGGGGGGGGGGGUUAAAGUAUCCCUAGAGACCCACAUAGGGGGGGGGGUGUUAAAGUAUCCCUCGAGACCCACAUAGGGGGGGGGGUGUUACAGUAUCCCUAGAGACCUACAUAGGGGAGGGGUGUUACAGUAUCCCUAGAGACCCACAUUUUUCAGUAAGGACACACAAAAGGGGAGGAGUGUUAAAAGCAACUUGGGUAUUGAAAAACAGAUUUAAAUACAAAUGACUGUUAUCUUUGUGCUAUUGUCAAAGAAAAUUUUUUAGUUUGUGUCACAUCACAAUGUCAAACAUUGACAUUACAAUGAACUGUAAAACUAACAUCACAAUGCAAGUUACACCAAUUAUGGUCCAGGAAGCAGCACUGGCGAUUUCAUUUGAGCACACAAGGGUGAUUUAACAAUAAUAGCAAAUGUAUAAACAAAUGAUUUGGACAAGUAAAAUUCUCUGAUUACAUUUAAUGGAAUUGCAGCAGUUUAUCCAGUCAUACAUCAGAACACUACAUAAUGAUAAAUUCCAAAAUGGGGCCUCCUAUUGUUGUGGGUCGCAGCAUAGAUAUCCAACAUCUACAUCGGAUUUUCUUUUCAGGCUACCGGUACACAUCAGAAAGAUUUUGUCUACACAAUAUUGAAAAGUAAAUUGUCAACCUUUACAUUUUUUAUACCCUCCUACUGAUUGAAAUGUUACUUUAAAAGACAAAAAGCUAGAAAAUAAAAGAAAUCUACAGUGCUUUUGUACAAGGUUGAAGAAGUGCCACAUUAAAUUACCAUGAACAUUAGAAAUAUCAUCAAAAUUAUAUGCAGAAUCUAAUCAGUAUCUUCUGUGAGUUGAUGGCAUAAGUCUCAUUUUCAGUAUAUAUACUAGUACAUUGUAGAUUGGUGGCUUCAUUUUAUCUCUUUAUAGUGUACCACAAUGAUUUCAUGAUUAAAACUGCAUCAAAAUACA